AUGUUGUUCGAGAAACUCAAGAUCUACAACACCCCAGCCAAAUUAUUGGAAAAGUUGCGUGAAGUUCGUAAAAUUUAGGAAACAGAACAGAAACCAGAACUAAAUCAGGUUUCAAAAGUCUAAAAAACAGAGCCCUCCGCUGAGAGAUACCUUGUCAGACAAUUAAGCUUUUAACACACUUGGAAUACUCUAACUCAUAAAUCACCCAACUUGAAAUCACCUACUGUUAAAUCACAAGUGGACAUUUUUAAAAUACCAGUAGCAUCUCCCAAAUAGUGUUCGUAUGCCUGUUUAACAGAUAUUUCAACUUAUAAAAAAAGUCAGGCAAGAACAAAUUUAGAUGAUGAUAGUUUAGAGCUAAAGGAUAUUUACAAGAAUUUCGAAAACGAAACAUUAUAAGAACUUUAUAAUGCAGAUCAAAAACUAAUUGAAUAGCUAAAUGAUGAAGCACAAGUUUUAUCAGAGAGACUCGCUUUUAAAGAGGAGAAGAGUCCGAUUCGACCCUUUUAACGCAAACAUCACCAACCUCAUUAAACCCAGAAGCCUUAAAGACGUGGUGGAACGGUGAUUGCAGCAUCCAAAUUAGAGGAUUUAAAAAAGCAAUCGCCAUUUCUCUAUAAUGAAUAGAAAGAUGCCCCAUUUGAUGAUCUAUCUGACAGAGGAAAGUUCUUGAAGCAUUAUCGAUUGGGAAACAAGAAUCUUCAAAAGAUCAACCAGAAGGAGUUUAGAAGUGUGACCAAGAAUUACGAGAAACUAGAAGAAUAUGCAGAAUUCUACAAACAAUAACCCAAUAUCUACCUCUAAUUAAACAAGAGUUCAUAAAAACACAAUAUAUUUUAAACAGGUCUUGGUUUGAUUAAUUCAAAUUAUACCAUAUAGACUGCUGAGUCAUCAGGGAUGUUGAGAAACGAACAAAAGAUUAAAGUGUUCACAGAAGCCCUCAAAUCACCUCAAUGCAAGACUUUGACUGAGUUGAAAUUGAGUCAUAAUCAAUUGACAUCCCCUAGAAUUAAGACUUUGGUUUCCAAUUUCCCAUCCCAAGUCCAAGAUUUGGAUCUGAACAACAAUGGCAUUGAUUCCAAAGGUUGCGAGACUUUGGCUAAGUACUUGUAGAAAUCCAGAGUUAAGAAGUUGUCACUUGAAAAUAACAAGAUAGGCGAUCAAGGAGCUAAUCAUUUAUUUUUGGCAUUGCAAGAGAAUGAUUAUUUGACUCUGUUGAAUUUGAGUCGAAACAAUUUAACUGAGGCUUGCACUAUUGAAUUAUCAAAUUACUUGAAAAGAUCAAAUAUGCUUUUUGAGUUGUAUUUGCAUUUUAACACCAUAAACAGCAAAGGAGGCUUGAAUAUCUGGAAGGCAUUCUACAAAAACUCAAGUGUUAAGGUCUUCGAUAUAUCAUAUAAUCGAACAAGUUCUUUUGAAUGUGCUCAGUAGAUGGCCAAGGUCAUAGCAAAGCCUUAUCCAGAAUUAAUGCACAUUGACGUAUCACAUAACGGAUUUGACGAGCCAUCUGGCAAUGAAAUAAUGAAGGCUUUGAACGUUAAUUAAAAUAUCUAUGGAUUUCAUUUUGAAGGAAAUUGCCCUAAAUUUAUGGUGGAUGCUACUGGUCAUCUCAGAAAUUAGGAAGUUGAAGAAUAGGUUCGUUAAAAGAAAAUUGAAGAAUGCAGAAGAAACCCUUAGACUUCUUUACGUCUUCUGGAUGAGGAUGUGAAAUAAUACCCUAAAGCAGUACCUGACAAAAAAUAAGAGAAAAUUUAAUAGGUCCACAGAUUCAGGAGAAUUUGGGGAAUGAAACCUGUAAAAUAGAAUUAGCAAUUUGAAAAAAAUAGGGAUUCUUGCUGGAUUUGUGAAGGUUGGGAAGAAGUGAAAUUUACUUGGAGUCCUGGCAAAUCAGGAGGAAUGAAUAAUGAUCCCAUCUUCUUACAUGUUAAUUUCGAUGGGUAUCGUCCUGUUUUGAUGUCACCACACUAAGGUGAAUAUCAUCUAUACAGAAUGUGUCCACCCAAUUAGAAGAUUUUAUAUUUCUUUAGUAAUCCUAUAUUGGGAAUACAGACGACAGCAAAGAAUCAAAUGAUUAUGCCAACUCCUGCCACUGAUCCCAUUGCAGAAGGGACAUAGGAAUUCUUAUAUAAUGGUGAUAUUUUGAUUGAAGGAAAUAAGAUGUCCUUUGUGAAUGAAGUGUUCACUGAGGGUAAACAUAGUGUAGUUGAAAAAUAUGUUCCUAAGAUAUUUAGUAAGCCUCGAGAAGAGGAGAGAACAUACGAUCUAACCUAAUACAUGAAUAAGAAAUAAGCCUUUUGGAGUUACGAAAUAUCAAUAUUUAAAAACUAUUAACCUGAUAAUGAAGAAUUGAUUGACGAAUGUUUUGAAUACGAUUUUCAAUCCUCCAAAAUCAAUAGAAUAGUCCGUGAUCCAAACGAGUUAAUGGAAGUAAAAGAACUUCUCAGAGAAUAUUAUCCCCAUAUAUUUGCUAGUUAUAAAUUUUACGCAUCUACUCUAAUUGGAUCAAGUAUUCCUUGUAUAUCCUCCAACGCCUUCUUCGAUUUCAUCGGAUAGACUACUGUGAUGACAGACAAAUUCAGACCUGGUGAUAUUGAUUUGAAUUUUAUCUCCACAUCCAAUGUUAAGGACAUUCUGUAUCCAAAUGUGUAUGAGAAGGCCUUGAUCAGAUAUCAGUUUAUGGAAGUUUUAGUUAGAAUUGCAUUGGACAAGUACACCAGAACUGGAAUCUGUAAAUCAAUGAAAUUAAGUGUUUUGAAGUUAUUUGAAGAUGAUUUAGUUAAAAUAAGAUUGCAGGAAAUUGAUAAGGCUCAAGAUUGGAGAGAUUUGAGAUUGUGGAAUGAACAAUGCGAUAUAUUAAUAAAGGAUAGAUUGCCUAUGCUCAAGUUAUUGUUUAAGUUUACAUCCAAGUUGAAUUCAAAGUUAAAGUUUUACAAAUAAACGUGGGUUCAAUUUAAGGAUUUCAGAGAUUUACUAUUGAGAUGUGAUCUAUAUUGCGAUACCUUUGUGGAGAGAGAUGCAUAUAUUGCAUACUUGUUGUCCAUGCAAACCCAGAUUGAUGAAUUGUAUAGUCUAAGACAUUUCUAAAUGGAAUUUUACGAGUUCAUGGAAGCCUUGUGUAGAUGUGCUGAAAAACUCUCAUUGAUCAGAACUAAGGAAAUAAUGAGCGUUGAUGAAAGGAGAUCUGAGCCAUUGCACAAAAAAAUAGAUGCUUUGUUUUUGAUAAUAUAUUUAAGAGCAGGAGAUGCAAUCAAAUAAUAACUAAAAGAAUCUGAAGACUUUUCAGAUUUCGAUAGAUGCAUGACAAAGAAGCAAAAGAAUCUCAAACAAUAAAUUGAAGAAAUGGGCAGUGAUGAUGAAGAAAAACCUUACAAUCCAUUAGUAGAAUUGAAAUAUUUAGAAGAUCAACUUAAAUAAACUUCAGUUCAAGCUGUUCAAUCUGUACCCAAGUUAAAAAAGGCUUUGUCCUUAUUUACUGUCCUGAGGUAAAUGCAACAACAAAAAUAACUCAAAUCAAAUUUCCUAUUGACUAAUGUUGUCUAAUACUUUAAAUAAAGAGAUGAAGAAUAUCUGUAAAACUAGAUUGAUUAAAAUUGA